UACUGAUGUGUAUUGUAGCAUUGUGCCAAAGUUUGUUAGGAUGGGGUUCUUGCAAGGUGUGUUAGUGUUGGUUGUGAUUGUGGCUUUUGAUCUGAAGAGUGCAUUGGGAAGUUUGAAACACCGUCAAAGUCCAAGCAGCAGAAAGCCGCAAUCAGCUUCAGCUUCCAGAGUUCCUGAUCUUUCUUCUCAAGGGUUCUUGAAUCCUUUCCAAAAGGCUUCUCAGCUCCCCAGUCUUGACUACAGAAAAUUUGCGCAAGACCCUCUUGGUCUUCAGGAGAAGCAGCUGUUGCAGGGUCCAGUCAAGCCUUUGUCCUGGAAGUUUCCCGUCGUUCCAGAGGUGCAACGUGAGUUGGCGGUGAACUUCCAGUUGAGGAAACCUGUGACUCCCAGUAGUGUGGCUGUUCAAUGCAGUGAGGACCGGGUUCAUGUGGAGGUAAAGAAGGAUAUGUUCAGCAAUGGUCAGCUGAUCCAGCCAUCUGGUUUGUCUAUGGGAGGCUGUCCUGUUGUUGGUGAGGACUCUGCCUCUGGGGUGCUCAUCCUUGAAUAUGCACUACAGGACUGCAAUAGUGUGCUGAUGAUGACUGCGGAUGAGCUAGUCUACACCUUUGCUCUUACCUACACCCCUGUGGCGUUUGCUGGCACGCCGAUUACCCGUACUGAGGGUGCAGUUGUUGGCGUUCAAUGCCACUAUCAAAGGCUCCAUAAUGUGAGCAGUAAUGCUUUGAGGCCAACUUGUGUUCCUUAUGCUUCAACGGAGGUUGCUGAAGACGUCUUGGUGUUCUCCAUGAACCUCAUGAUGGAUGACUGGGCCAAUCAGAGGCCUUCAAAUUUGUACUUCUUGGGUGACAUUAUUGACCAUAGGUUUAGCUCUUCUUGGUGCCUUGUGGAUGCCAAGGCUACGGCUUCCAGCUCCCACUUCUUGCCUCGGACCAAGGAAGACAAGAUCCGGUUCCAGCUGGAGGCUUUCAUGUUCCAGGGAGGAUCCAGUCCUUCUAUCUACAUAACGUGUACCGUGAAGGCCACUCUUGCUUCUGCACCCAGUGACGCUCUCCACAAAUCCUGUUCCUUUUCCAACGGGUGGCUUGCUGCUGAUGGGAACCACCAGGUUUGUGCUUGCUGUGACUCAACUUGUGGCCCUGAAGGGGGACGUGAUGCUCCUAUUGGGGUAGGUGUUCAGUGGGAAGGCAAGGCCUCCCUCGGUCCUGUAAUGGUUCAAGGGCGACAGAAGACUCUAGCUGGGCUUCAACAAAUAGGGACAACCCUAUUGCGUCCAAUAAACCAAAAACCGUGUUCUUGCUUCUGCUCUUCUUGUCUAGUUUAAAAACUCUGGGUUUGU